AUGUAUGUAUAUUUAUUCGUCAUCUUAUCUUUGGACGUCUUCAAGUUAGUUGAAGCUAGUCUAGCAAAAAACAUUUUUCAAACUCCUCAAAAGUUCGGAAGUUUUAAGAUGGGACAAGGUAUUCAGACAAUAUCAGCUCAGCCAUUAAAGCUUUCUACACCAAAAGGUAUACUCGGAGGACCAUUAAGGUUAAGGCCGGCUAAACAAAACCCAACAGCAAAUCCCAUAGGAAAGGGUCGAAAGAAACUUUUGCAAGCUGGUUGGCCUGGCUAUAUGCCGCAAGCAGAGUAUCGUCCUCAAGGUGUUACAGGAAUAUCACCAGGAAUAUCAUCAGGAAUGGAUGAUCAAAUACCAAGUUUAGGAAUGAUGAAGAAACUCACAUCUGGAAGACCUCAAGAGGAUUAUAUUAGCUCACUUGAAAACGGAUUUAGUGGAUUUAGUAGAAAUUCAGAAUUUGAUGACAUUCCAACUCUUUCUAGAACUUCAUCCGGUUCCAGUCAAGAAUUUUACACACCUACUCUAAAACUUACACCUGAAGGUUACAAGAAUUUCCCUGAUGUGAAGUUUUUCAGUAGUGCAGAUUGA